AUGGACCUCAGAACAACGGUUUCUCUACUCCUGCUGCUUCUGGGCCUCUGCAACGCUCACAACAACAAUGAUCAUAGUGCUGAUAACAAGAUCUUGGUGGACAAGUCUGACACGGAGGACAUUACCACAACUAUUCUGAGGAUGAAUAAUGGAUCAAGUGAGAUUCUGCUGGAAGGAGACUUGUUGAUUCCAAGAACCAGGAAUGCCAUGAAGUGCACUAAUAAAGCAUAUUCCUGUCUGUGGCCAAAAUCUGCUGGCGGGAACGUGGAAAUCCCCUUCAUUCUAAGCCAGAAAUACGACGACGCUGAUAGGAGUGCGAUUUUAUAUGCCAUGAAGGCCUUUGAAUCCAAAACCUGCAUUCGCUUCAUUCCACGUGCAUCUCAGAGAGCGUACUUAAGCAUUGAACCAAGAUACGGCUGCUUCUCUUUACUGGGGCGUAUUGGAGACAAGCAGGUGGUGUCACUGCAGAGGUUUGGCUGCCUACGUCAGGGCAUCAUCCAGCACGAACUGCUGCACUCGAUGGGUUUCUACCACGAACACACCCGGAGCGAUCGCGACCAGCAUGUCAGAAUCAACUGGGAAAACGUCAAUGAAUAUUUUACCUUCAACUUCCAAAAGAAGGACACGAGUAAUCUCAACACUCCGUAUGACUACUCUUCUGUAUUGCACUACGGAAGAAACGCCUUUGCAAAGACUGGAUCAGAAACCAUAACUCCCAUCCCUGACGCCUCUGUUCCCAUCGGGCAGAGAGACGGCCUGUCUGACAUCGACAUUAUCAAAAUCAACAAGCUCUACAAGUGCUGGAAUUACUUGGGAUAG